AUGAGAUAUUUACUAUAAUUAAAGUAAAGGUCUAAUUAAAUAAUUAUAGUUUAUAUUGUGGUAUUUGUUUCGAUAUAAACAGCAGAAGAAUUGCUACAAACCUAAGUCUGAAUUAAAUAUUGAAUAAAAGUCAUGGGAUGAAAGAAAUAGUUUUAAGAAUGAAAAUCUAGUAUUGA